UGGGAAAGGCACCGGGGAGUCGGAACGGCAAGCGAAAGUCGUGCGGCAAAUGGCUGAACGGGUACGGGUUAUGCACUGCAAAAGUAUCGCACUCGUACUAAUCGCAUUCAUGCAAUACAAAUUUCUUUCUUUUCGUACUAAUCGCAUUCAUGCAAUACAAAUCCGCAUUACAAAUUUUCUUGCUCGUGCUGACGAAAUUUGUCAUGCGAUUUAUACUAGUACGAUGCUUUUGCAUUUCAUACGGCUACGACCACAGCGAUAUCAAAUGCAAAAAUGUCUGGGUCUGGUAGCAUGGAACUUGUGAUGCUGCGUUUCGAUUCUAAAAAAAUCUGUAUUGCAUGAGCAGCUAAAGGAUUCUAAUUUUUCCUACGCGGAAAGGGCAUUUGUCAUGCGGAAUAGGUGUCAGGGAGACCUCUAGGAAUGUGUAAUGCUGGGUCAUGCAUUAUGGGCAUCACGGAUCAUGCAAAAAAAAAUGCAUGGCAAAUCUUGCUCUCUUCCAGACCCAGAAAUAUUUGCAAUGCAUAAGCGACCAGAAAAGGCAACGACACCGCAGAGCUUGCCGACCAUGGAGCCGCUACGGAGGAUUGCGCGGGUAUGAAAGUGCACAUCCUCCCCUCCUCCUCAUUUGCAUUGCAGGAGCAGCAAUACAAGAGUCAGCUAGACGAGUGCAGUGCUUGCGUGAAAAAUUUGCGCAGGAAUGUAGAGCUAUUUGGGCUUCUAGGACCUGGCAUGCAAACAGUGCUAACAGGCAAACGCAAACCGUUGUGUACUCUCAUAGAGGCAGGAAGGAACAGGUUAUGUACUCCCAUAGCGGGGCGGAGUUUGGGACAAAGUCCUCGCGCACAAGCCCCUCGCGGAAACGGAGGUUCAAAGGGCUGUGAAUAUGCAUUGCAAAUAUGUCUGGGUCUGGCCGAAGUGUGAAACUUCGAAUGCCGCCUUUGGAUGAUCCUGCAAAAGCCUGUAUUGUGUGAGCAGCAAGAUGAGUCCAGUUUUUGCUACGCGGACGAGGCAUUUCUCAUGCAAUUCAGGGAUCACGAGCACGACCUGUAGUUUUUUCUACAAGUAGAUUUGUGAUGCUAGAGUAUGCAUGAGAGACUAUAAUAACACUGGCAUGCAAAAAUCUGCGCAACACAAAUGCUGUAUUCUUCCAGACCCAGACGCAUUUGCGUUUGAUGAUGCAGAUGACGCGGCGAAAGAUGGAGCUUUUGCGGGAGUACAACGUGCCGCCGCGCGGGCUACGGUGGAAU